ACUGCCCGCAGAAAGAAGAAGGUGGUUCACAGAACAGCUACAGCAGAUGACAAGAAACUUCAGUUUUCUUUGAAGAAACUAGGAGUCAACAAUAUUUCUGGAAUUGAAGAGGUAAACAUGUUUACCAAUCAAGGAACAGUCAUUCACUUCAAUAACCCCAAAGUUCAGGCAUCUCUGGCUGCUAACACUUUCACUAUCACCGGCCAUGCUGAGACAAAGCAGCUGACAGAAAUGCUUCCUAGCAUUUUAAAUCAGCUUGGAGCUGACAGUCUGACCAGCCUGAGGAGAUUGGCAGAAGCUCUACCCAAGCAAUCUGUGGAUGGAAAAGCACCACUUGCUACUGGUGAAGAUGAUGAUGAUGAAGUUCCAGAUCUCGUUGAAAACUUUGAUGAAGCUUCGAAGAAUGAGGCAAACUGAACGAAGUACCACUUUCUGAAUAAAAUUAAAACUUGAAAAAGCUACAUGGAGCUGCUAUUUUAUAUUGUGACUGCUUUGAUUUUGUUUUUUAUUUCUUGAUAUUUGGAAACUCCUUGAACCUGCAGCUCUUUAGUUAUUGCUUGUACACAAUAUUAUUUUUGUGGCCUGAUUGAACAAAUCUAUGCUGUGAAAUAAGUCAGAUUGCUAACGAAUCUCUGCCUAGAAACAAUUUUUGAGUAACUUGUAUACAAGCAAAAUCCCAUCUUAAUGAACUUUGGCAUACAAUAAAAAUAUA